GCGGGGUUUCUUCUUGAUAUACACGCGAGUCUGCCAUUGCAUGCUGUCUUUCCUCUUAGAACUUUCCAGAUACUUUUUCCACGACACGCCAGAUAAUGAGAGAGAUUGUUCAUCUUCAGGCUGGUCAGUGCGGGAACCAAAUCGGCGCCAAGUUUUGGGAGGUGAUCAGCGAUGAGCACGGCAUUGACCCGACCGGCACGUACCAUGGUGACAGCGACCUGCAGCUAGACAGGAUCAACGUCUACUAUAAUGAAGCCUCAGGCGGGAAGUAUGUCCCUCGUGCUGUGUUGGUGGAUCUGGAGCCAGGCACAAUGGACUCUGUGAGGUCUGGGCCUUUUGGUCAGGUUUUCAGACCGGACAACUUUGUUUUUGGCCAGAGUGGUGCUGGUAACAACUGGGCCAAAGGUCACUACACGGAGGGGGCGGAGCUUGUGGAUUCCGUCUUGGACGUGGUGCGGAAAGAGGCGGAGAGCUGCGACUGCCUCCAAGGUUUCCAGCUCACACACUCCCUGGGCGGAGGCACCGGCUCCGGCAUGGGUACUCUGCUCAUCAGCAAAAUCCGAGAAGAGUACCCGGACCGUAUCAUGAACACCUUCAGCGUGGUGCCUUCCCCCAGAGUGUCGGACACGGUGGUGGAGCCCUACAACGCCACAUUGUCUGUGCACCAGCUGGUGGAAAACACGGACGAGACCUUCUGCAUCGACAACGAAGCUCUGUACGAUAUCUGCUUCCGCACCCUCAAGCUCACCACGCCCUCCUACGGCGACCUCAACCACCUGGUCUCCGCCACCAUGAGCGGCGUCACCACCUGCCUCAGGUUCCCCGGGCAGCUCAACGCCGACCUGCGGAAGCUGGCGGUCAACAUGGUGCCCUUCCCCCGUCUGCACUUCUUCAUGCCGGGCUUCGCUCCCCUCACCAGCAGAGGCAGCCAGCAGUACAGGUCGCUCACCGUGCCCGAGCUCACCCAGCAGAUGUUCGACGCCAAGAACAUGAUGGCCGCCUGCGACCCGCGCCAAGGCCGCUACCUCACGGCGGCCGCCAUCUUCCGCGGCCGCAUGUCCAUGAAAGAGGUGGACGAGCAGAUGCUCAACGUGCAGAACAAGAACAGCAGCUACUUCGUGGAAUGGAUCCCCAACAACAUCAAGACGGCCGUCUGCGACAUUCCUCCCCGGGGCCUGAAGAUGGCCGCCACCUUCAUCGGCAACAGCACGGCCAUCCAGGAGCUGUUCAAGCGCAUCUCCGAGCAGUUCACGGCCAUGUUCCGCCGCAAGGCUUUCCUCCACUGGUACACGGGCGAGGGCAUGGAUGAGAUGGAGUUCACCGAGGCCGAGAGCAACAUGAACGACCUGGUGUCCGAGUACCAGCAGUACCAGGACGCCACAGCCGAGGAGGAGGGAGAGUUCGGCGAGGAGGACGACGAGGAGAUGGGCUAAUCAUCCAAUUUUUUUUAUUUUCAUCUGCCGUUCAGUAUUAAUUGAUUUUCUGUCUUCCGUUUCGGGACGUUUUUUUGGUGCGCAUAUUAAACGUUUUGAAUAGCACAAGGUCCCAGCACAAAAUGUUCUGGCUUUUCAUAAAACUGCAAAUUACUUAGAAGUAAUUUUGCUGGAAAUCUUGUCAAAGUAUGCAUGUACACGAUUACAACGAAGUAAACUGAAAUAUUUAAAAAUGUUAUAUGUAGCGAUAAAAGUACGGUCUAUACUCGCAGGGGUGGCCAACCAGUCGAAGACUAA